CACCUACACACCUCUCCUUCUCCCAAAUAGGCCCCUGAUCUCUUUCGUCUCAACUACAUAAAUCAAUUGGGUUCCAGGGCUCUUUUUUGCCUCUCCCAAACACAGCUUUGAACUGAUUCCACUCCGACUUGGUCCGGUGCUGCCAAUAUGAACACCGAAUCCCUGAAGCAGUAUCUGGCAGAUAGCCCUCCUACCAUUGUCCCGCUGUCAAUCAAGCCUCACUUUGAAGCGCUAGGAGAGAAGGAGAAGCUUUAUGCUCACUACAUCUCUACCGCCUGCUUUGCUGGAACGCGCAUUGUCCUCCGUCAAAUCUCCCCCGAGUCCGAGCCCAUAUACGACUUCAUCGUCACUCUGCACAAAAAAUGUUCCGGCGACUACUCCUCCGCUGCCAAAGAGGCUGGUCUCUCUUCUGACGACCUCUCCGCAUACCUCAACUACGCUGCACAAUUCCUUGGGAACCUAGGGAACUACAAGUCCUUUGGUGACAGCAAGUUCGUACCUCGCAUCGAGCCUCGCCAGCUCAAGGCGUUGGCGACAGUGUACCCGGAGACGUUGGAGCUGUUUGAGAAGUUCAAGGGUGCGAUAUAUGCAGGUGAGGACGUAGGGAAGCUGCAUCUUGGGUAUCCAGACUCUGGACAUGUUUCCACAUACUAUCCCGAUAGCCCGGAUAUAACGAAGGGGGAGAUCACGACUGUGUCCGAUUUCAUGGAGAGCAAGGGGCUGUUGCCGGAGAACACCAGAGUCAGGAAGACAAGCGAGGGUUAUGAGAUUCUGAUUGCAUCGGCGCUGAAUAACCCAUCGGAUAUGGAGAGGGAUCUUAAGGAAAGCGAGUGGACGCUGGGUGAUGGGAAGAAGGUCAAGCUAGUGUUUGGCGAUUAUGCAAAAGAGAUGAAGACGAUUGCGGAUAAUAUGGAGAAGGCGAACAAGUAUGCCGCAAAUGAUACCGAGGCCAACAUGACAACCAAGUAUGUCAAAAGUUUCAGCACGGGCUCGCUACAAGCAUUCAAGGAGAGCCAGAGGUGGUGGAUUAAGGACAAGGGUCCGGAGGUUGAGGUCGACAUUGGCUUCAUCGAGACGUACCGCGAUCCUCACGGCAUCCGAGGUGAAUGGGAGGGCUUCGUUGCAAUGGUGAACAAGGAGCGAACGAGGGCGUUUGGUAAGCUUGUUGAGUCUGCUCCUAAGUUGAUUCCACUGUUGCCCUGGGAUUCAAGCUUUGAGAAGGAUACCUUCCUUAGCCCAGACUUCACCUCGCUCGAAGUUCUUACCUUCGCCGGUAGUGGUAUCCCCGCAGGAAUCAACAUUCCCAACUACGACGACAUUCGUCAAAAUCUCGGCUUCAAAAACGUCUCCCUCGGUAACGUCCUCUCUGCCAAAGCCCCCAAUGAACCCAUCCCCUUCAUCAAAGACACGGACCUCGCCGUCUACCAGAAAUGCCGUGACCCUGCUUUCGAAGUGCAGGUUGGACUUCACGAGCUCCUCGGUCAUGGUUGCGGUAAACUCCUCCAAGAAACCUCCCCCGGCACCUUCAACUUCGACAUCAAGAACCCUCCCAUUUCCCCAAUCACCAAGAAACCCAUCACAACCUUCUAUAAGCCGGGCCAAACCUGGGGCUCCGUCUUCGGCAGCAUAGCAGCAUCAUACGAAGAAUGCCGCGCCGAAUGCGUCGCCAUGGCGCUAAGCUGCGACUUCUCCAUCCUGUCCAUCUUUGGCUUCGGCGACGGAAAAGAGGAUAUCAACUCUGAAGCUGGAGACAUCUUGUAUGCAGCCUAUCUUUCCAUGGCCAGAGCCGGGGUCGCAGCACUCGAGUUCUGGGACCCGAAGUCUAGGAAAUGGGGACAGGCGCAUAUGCAGGCCCGUUACUCCAUCCUACGCACUUUCCUCAGCGCAGGUGUCGAGUUCUGCGAACUUGAGUACAAAUCGGACGAUCUCUCAGAUCUUACUAUUCGCCUCGAACGAUCUAAAAUUCUAGAACUAGGACGCCCGGCCGUGGAAGACUAUCUACAGAAACUACAUAUCUACAAGAGUACGGCGGAUGUGGAUGCGGCGAAGAAGCUGUAUGAGGAGAUUACAGAUGUGGAGCCGUUUUAUGAGAAUAAGGUCAGGCCGGCGGUGUUGAGGAAUAAGACUCCGAGGAAGGUGUUUGUGCAGGCAAAUACGGUGGAGAAGGGGGGUAAGGUGGAGUUAAGGGAGUAUGAGGCCACGGCGGAGGGUAUGAUACAGAGUUUUGUGGAUAGGACAUAUGUGUGAGGAUAAUUUCAGAGGUCUGGACAGGGUGGAUGGACUUUGUUAAGCGGGAUGUCAAGCUGAGUCAACUUACGUGCAAAGAGGGCAGCUAGAUCUCUGCGCGAGACUUCACUAUAGAUGGCAUAUUUAGCCAUGAUAUGCAUUAUGUGUGAGUUAGCUACUGCCAUUCAAGUCUUC